GCUCCUGAAGGUCGCUGGCUCAAGGCUGGGCUUGCGUCCCGACUGCCUGUUUUUAUUAUUGACUGUCCUUAUCGUCGUGUGGUGAGAACAGCCCGUCCCAAGCACGCCUGCUGUCUCUUCUGCUGCCUUUUGCCCAAGCUCCGCUUCUCCCCAGUGCCCUGCCGUGUGCCGGUGUCCAGCCUGGCGUCAUCGAAUGUCACUGCACUGUCACUGCACUGCCACCAGUGCUGGAGCCCUGAGGGAAACCUGUUCCGUCAAACCAAGCAGGAAUGUCCCAAACUGGGGGUCCCUGAGCCACUCCGUGGUUUGGAAGCACAAGGCAGCAUCUACAUGAGCAUCCCCGUGCCAGUGGCUUUCCCAUGCAGACCUGAGGAGGAAGGCUCUCAGAAAGGACCAUCUUGUGCACCAUGUGGGGUGAAUGCAAAGAGGAACACCGAAGAGAUCUCCAUCCCAAGGACAGAGCAAGUCCUGGGGACAUGGAGUACACCCUCAGGACAAGGUCCUUAUUCUUGGGAAGCAAUAACAUCCUUGGAAAGGGAAAGCUAAGGACAGAACAUCUCCAUGGGGAUGGCUGGAUCGCCUUGGGCUUAGCAGCACCCCAUCCCAGCCCUAUUGCUGUGCCACCCCCUGCCUUGACUAGCGCCCGGGGUUGUGCAGCAGGACUGAUAGAGUCAGACAGAGGCAGCUGGGACACCAACAGACGAGUCUUCACCUCACUGGGUCAGCACCCGGCCGGGCGAGACGUACUGUGCCGAGAGUGGAAAAUUCCUGUUGCCUCGCUGGGCGCUGCCUGCAGCCCCAGCACACAGCUGCGUCCCACAGGACUUGGCAUGCCCUGCAGUGUUUAUCAACACCGUUGCGCAAGGGCCGUGGCACGCAGCUUGGCAGGGCCAUGGGGCUGCUUGGGCAACCAGCUCUGCCGAAAGCCAGCACACUCUUGGGAAAGUCCCCCCGCCUGCAAGGGCGGCCAGGCACACCUGCGUGUCCGAUGGCACGAUGUCACCAAUGUGAAGGCCAUAGGGACCUGGAGGCCACCAGGUUUUCGGCAUCCCAAAUUCAAGGCAGUGAGCCCUGAGGUUUGCUGCGGAGCUCUUCUCCUCCCUUGCAAACAGGCUGGGUUGGUCCCUCUUACAAGGCACACAAAGAUCACCAGUUCAGCACUGGUCCCACUGGCUUGUUGCAGCCUCGCUGUGCUGUUGAGAUGCUCCAUCUCGUGUGACCCUCAAAAACAUGAGACAGGGUCAUUCCUUGAGGCACUGUUCAACUGUGGGAUCCACAGCACAGAUCCCAGCUCACGUGCCCAUGGAUGCCCCCAUCUGAGACCUAUCCUCAUCACACAUUGGUGUCCUGAGGUCCCCAGCAGCUUCUCAACACCUUUCCACGGCUCUGGAUUCACCUGCAGGGCUAUAUAAGACCUCAGAGUUCUGGUGCCCCUUGCCCAGGGUGUGCAGCUCCCUUCUCAGCGGGGAGCAUGGACACGGUGGCAGCACAUCAGGAUGAUGCGCCAGGAGGCUGCUGAGGAGGAACAACGCCAGGAAUGCUAUUCUGCACUGCCAGAGACACGCUGGAGCCCAGGUACCAGCUGUUUUUGGAGCCCCCAGCUGCACCCCAAAGCCCUGCUAAAGUGGGAAGGUUUGUGGGGUGGGUGCCAAAGCCUAGCCCCCCCCCCCCCCAGAGUGGCCAGCAGUAACCCUGGGACAUCAAGGGCUUGCAGCAGGGCUGAGGGCGUAGAGACCAAGGUAGGGGCUGCCCACCAUGAAGGGUGGCAGAAGAAUCCUAAAUUUAGGGUCCCCCUGACCCUUCCCCAGGCCCGCCGGCAGCUGGAGGCUCAGCACAGAGCAGGCUUUGCGUGAGCCAGCCAAGAUGUUCAUCGGAGCAGAGGCAUGCAUAAACAUUUUGCUUAAUAAAGGACUCUGGGCGAACACAGUGUACUCUGGCUCCGUGCAGUGGGAACAGCUGUGGCCCUGCGGGGCCAGCGCAGGGAUGUCGAGGUGCGGUGGCAGAGCGACCUCGUAUGGCAACAGCACAGUCAGCGGGCACCGCGAGCCACGGGACACCGCACAGCAUCCCAACCCCGCACCCAUCUGGCACCUCAGCCCGAUUUUGGGAUGCGCAUCGGGAUGCUCUGAGAACUGCUAGCAGAGGUUGAGCCAAGGAUGUGGCACGUGAAGCAAAUCUCGCUUUCCAUCACUUGUGGCUUGCUGCAAAUCUGAUUUCCAAGAACGAAAGCAGCUCGGUGCACACUGCUUUUCUGCGAACGCAGCUCCUCCUGGGGGCGAUGGGCUGAGUGCAGCCCGUGCUCCCUCACAUGGGGUCUUCGGGGGGAAAAGUUCCACUCCGUAGCUCUGGAUAUGCGCUCAGUUCGGGUGCGGGGAUCUGGAGCAAUUGCAGGGGAUUCCUCCCUUCACUCCACGUGCUGCACCGCGGUUAUUCAACAGGCACGGAGCACAGCGGGCAGCCGGGCUCCUGGAGAGCCGACAAGGAGACACGACGGAAACGCAGGGCACAGCAUCGCUCAGCGGCGGUGAGGCUAACGGCAGGCACCAAGGGACCUGCAAACUUGGGAACAGACCAGCACAGCCUCUCUGCUUCCCACCAUCCGCCCGCAGCUCCUUGGCCACUCGGUGUUACCACACCACACACACAACCAGCAGAACCACUCCACCUUUCCUCUCUCGUGCUGAUUGAAGCCGUUGCUAAUGACAAAACGUCUGGGGAUAACGACAGGCACAAGCACCAGGGAAGUGAGAACCUGAAUCAUGCUUUUCUUCCACCUCGCUGGGCGACGCGCAGGGAUGUGGGAGCUCCGCUGUGUGUUUCCAAGCUCCUUGCUCUUUGCUGCUUGAUUUUUAAUCAGACUGCAAUUAACCAGCUUCUCAGUGUGCGUCUGGGGCACCAGUUGCCUGUUGGUUAAUUUUACUCGUUGAAAUACAGCCUUCAUUUUGA